AGAUGUAAUCAUUGUGCGACAACAAUAUCUUGAAAACUAGUGGCAGAGUUUAACAGUUUAUUAAAUACCGGUACUCAUCUUUCAUAUUUUAGAGGCAAUCUAGUGUUUUCUUUUAAAAUAUCACAGCGAGAAUUAUCGUUGAUUUCGAUCUCCACACAGUAUUGUACUAGAGCACGUCCUCUUUUUUAACUUAAGUUCUUCUAAACCGAAUGAGUCCAGCAUACGCUAAAUAAUAUUUAAGCACAGCACACGGGUGUAAUUGAAAUGACAGGUAAAAAGUCAGCAAAAGAGAAGAAAAGAAAACAUUCACAUUCUGAGGGACGCCGUUUGGAAAGAAAAAGGCGAAUUACAGAACCUAGUGUCGAGGAUUUAAAAGGCAACUUGGAGAAUCAGGUUGAACAAAGUGACAUAGAAGAAGGAGGACUAAAUCUCAAUGUUCCAUUCAAGCCCAUCAGUGCCUAUGUCACAGACAAACAGGAGCUACUGGAACAGUGCUUCCGGGUCAUCGGGGAAAAGAAGCUUAUGAAAAUGCUUCCUGACGAGUUGAAGAACUGCACCUGUGAUGAAAUCAAGCAGCUCUGUAUGGAGCAAUUAGAACAGCUUUCUCAGAAGAACCUUCUCCACAUUCUUGAAGGUGACGAUUUCACAGGAUUCUCUGAUUUUGAAGAAGAGAGGGAGAAAAAUGAAAGGAAUGCAGAAACAGAGAGCCAGCUUGGUUCAGCGAGGCAUGCUGCAGAGGUUAAUCAACCCCAAUCUGCCACUGCUUCUGCUCCAGAGGUCUGCCUGGCUUACACAGAAAAAAGCAAGCAGGACAAUAAUGUGGAUUCCACUUCAUCUCUGAAAGAAAAUGUUGAACAAGAAGACCUCAAGCAAGGUGGUGCCUCGGGGGAGGAGAGUGACGCCCUCAGCAUCAAUGCAGACACGUAUGACAGCGAAAUAGAAGGCCAUAAGGAAGAAACUGAAGAGAAGAAAAUUGUGGAGGUUGUUGAAAGCCCAGUCGUGAAUCCCCCCAACUCCAAGAAGGAGCUCCAGAGUGACAUUGAAAAGAGUGUAAAUGAGAUACUGGCCUUGGGUGGACCUAGCCAGGAGGAGCCCAAAGAAGCAGUGGUGGCAGCAGCAGCUACAGAGGUGGUGGUGGCAGCGGCUUUGCCUGGCCCUGCCUCAGCGGGGGUGCAGCCUUCAGCCCAGCAGCUGGAGCUGCUUGAGUUGGAGAUGAGGGCCAGGGCUAUCAAAGCGCUAAUGAAAGCUAAUGAGGUUAAGAAACAGGCCUGUGGUUAAGAUUCCACAAAAGUACAACAAAAGUAGUUUUUCUAUGGUCUUGGAGAUUACUGUGUACCACCAUCUGAUUUUUAUAGUCAUAUCUUUAUUUUGUUAAGGAAAUAAUUUUAAUGAAGCCUAAAUGUGUUUUUUGUCUGUUUUAUUUUUACAUCCCUUUGGAGUUGUGAUAUCAAUGUAGAAAUGAGACUGAAAAGCAGUUACCAAUCUUUCAAUGUUUAAUCUUUUAUUUGCAUUUUUUAAUUGUUAUUUUGAAAUUGCUUUAGCAUUUUUAUAUGUGACACAACUUCAAAGUGUUUCAAAACACUGAGCUGUGUUCACACACACACACACACACACACACACACACACACACACACACAAUACCUUUGCUGUAUCCAGUGUGGCAGUGGUAUACAGUAAUUAUCACCAAAAACAACUGAUUUUGAUAUUUUUAUACAAAUCGAUCAUAAAUUAGAUGGAAAUACAUUUCUCAGCUUUUACUCCAGUAUAGAGAAAAUCCAUUUCAUGACCUUCCUUUAAUAAUGCUGGUGCAAAUACUUGGCUUGUAGGAACAGAAAACAAGCAGGAGGGAGCCUGAUCUGAUACACUGUUAUCCACAUGACAAACUUUUUUGCCUGCAGAAAAUUUGGAAAAGUAAUUCAAGUUGAUUUUGAUCUAUGAUGUGUGAAAAGUAAUAUGGAAACCAUGUCGUUUUUGUUGAAGAAUGUAUUGCUGUGAUAUGGACUAAACAGGAUAAAGCAAAGUUACAGUAAGGUGUUUCUUGUAGAGUGUUCUGUAAACACAUUUAUUUUAAGUUGUAUGUCAGCAUGUUUGUGAUAAUGGUACAUCAGUACUGUAACAUUCAAACUGACACAAAGCAAUAAAUAUGUUAGCAUUUUGUGAUUGUAUCAUUUAUGUGUGUGAUAUUUAGGAAAAUCUUACUAACAUUAAAGGAAUGUGGGCUAUUAGCAUUUAUUGUCUGAGAAAAACCUCUAUUUUUCCUCAAUUCACCUUACAGUAAUUUGUUGUAUAAUGUUUUUUGUUUGUUUUGUUUCUGGGUUAAACAUUUAAUAAAGUUAUGUAAAUAUUGUCAAUAGUAAUUACCCAUACUUUAUUUGUGAUGGCUGAAAUUUGUCCCAGAUACAACUUCUCAGUUUUAGCAGGUGCUUAAGUUUACUGUGAUAUUGGUUACAGGUAUGUUAAAUUAAGCAUCCCUGUGACGGGAUCUUGUGUGCUGCUGCUGCUGCUGCAUUUACUAAUUUCUCAUUAAACAUUUAAGCUGA